AAUCAAUCCCUGACAAGGGAGACCACUCGUAUCUACACAAGGCGCUGGUUUUUAUCAAGGGACCCAUUGAUCAACUUGAAGGAACAAAAAGCUGGCUUCCUCUGUGGAGAUUCUGGCCCAUAUGCCCUUGCUGUUGUCAUAUACUCACUUCCUGGUGAUGCCCAAAAUUCCCAAAAAUAUCUGAAAAAGACUGAAAGAGUCAUAUUGGCACGUCUCUUUUUUUUCCCGGCGGGGGAUCAACUUUCAAAUGGCAGAAUGGGACUUCUGUAUUCUCUGUUGUUUAUUCAAAGAAAACUGGGAGAAGAUACCAUUAGAAAAGAUCUAAUUUUUAAGGUAAACAUGGUGCCAGUGGACUUCAUGAUGUCCCUUCAGUUCACCUCAGGAAAUUGUCCAAUGGCAAUGUGUUGGGAAGCUAAAAAGUUAAUGUUCGUUGGAGUCAGGGGGCCCCCGGCUGGAUAUAUAUAUGUUCAGAGAAGUCCUAAUAACAACAAUCAGACCGAGAACCUAGAAGCCGCCAAGCGGUGUGCAGAGUACGUGAUAUGGAAACGUGGGAUCCUCCAGAAUGGUUACGGCUUGAGCGAAGGCACUGCAGGAAAUGCCCAUGCAUUCCUAGCCAUGUAUAAACUGACAAAGAAGAAUCUCUACCUCCACAUGCAGGGCUAUCAAGUUUGUGUUCAAAUCUCUGGCAAUGUUGCAUUUGCAGAAUGGUGCUGUGACUUUGGUGAACAUGGCUGUCCAAAGCCUGAAUUCCCAUGCUCUCUUUUUAAAGGUUUGGCUGGAGUUAUAUAUUUUUUGUCUGAUAUCCUCAAUCCAGAAACGUCAUGUUUCCCAGCUUUUGAACUCACAUGAUUGGACAUAAUCACACAGCUUCUUUGGAAUAUCCCUAAUUCUGUGUGUCAGAGUAAACGUCACAAACAGGUAUAGACGUUUAUCAAAGUACCUGUACAGACUUGGCCAAUCAAAACCCCAGUGUUAAUCACGUGGGUACAUUGACACUUGUUUACAGAACACAAUUCUUUUGAUUUGAGUUUAUUUACUACAAAAUUGUAGAAUUUGUAAUAUUUUUACAAGUGCGUUGAAUAUCAGUUUUUGGUAUUAUGUUCUAAUAAAUAUUUUUACAUUC